GAGGUGGACCACCUGAAAAUAGUGAACAUGUCCAGGAUGUGGUAUUAUCAGUCGGAACUAACAGAGCCCAACAGUGAAAACAUAGCCAUGCAGACUCCUUGGCUGGCUCCCAUCGUGUGGGACGGGACUUUCCAAAUUGAAAUCCUGAACCAGCAAUUCCGGCUCCAGAAUGUCUCCAUUGGGUUAGUUGUGUUUGCCACGGGAAAAUACAUAGCCUUCCUAAAAGGGUUCCUGAAGACUGCCGAGAUGUACUUCAUGGAGGGGCACAGGGUGAAAUACUACAUUUUCACUGAUCAGCCAGGCAGCGUGCCACUCCUGAAGCCCUCUAAGGGAAGGCAGAUGGUAAUUCUGGAAACCCAGGCCUCUGCCCACCCCUGGAACACGUACAUCUAUAGAAUGGAGGUCAUCAGCUAUUUUUCCCAGCAGCGUUUUGCGAAGGAGGUGGAUUACCUGGUCUGUGCUCACGUGAACAUAGUUUUCUGCAACAGUGUGGGUGUGGAGAUCCUCUCCUCCCUGUUCGGCACACUGCACCCUUUGUUCUUUGGGUUACCAAGGAAAUCGCUGGCUUAUGAAAGGCAGCCUCAGUCACAAGCCUACAUUUCUGAGAACGAGGGAGAUUUUUACUACUCCGGGGCCUUCUUUGGGGGAAAGGUAUUAGAGGUUCACAGGCUCACCAAGUUUUGUUACCUGGCUCUGAGGAUGGACCAAGCCUAUGACAUCCAGGUCGUGCGGCCUGAAGAAAGCUACUUGAACAAGUACCUGCUCUACAACAAGCCCACCAAGAUCCUCUCUCCCGAGUACAUGUGGGAUAAGACACUUCCGAUCACAGACGGUUUUCGAGAAGUGUUGACAAACUGGGGCAUGCUCGAGAAAGUCAGCAAAUAUCCCUGGACUGACUCUAAGCAAGACUUCCAGGGAGAUCUCAGACUGGGUCAGUGGUCAGUCUUCUAA